CUCCGGCGGAGGGCGCAGCCUGGUCCGGCUGCUGCUGCCCCUGUUUCCUUCCUGGGGGCGGCCUGGGGCUGGCAGCCUUGUUCCAUGGCUCCGUCGGCGGCGCUGCGCCUGGCGGCCAACCUCUCGUGGCUCUUCCAGGAGGAGGCCGGGCUGGCGGCGCGGAUGGAGGCGGCGGCCAGGGCGGGCUUCCGGGCGGCGGAGCUGGCCUUCCCUUACGCCGAGGGCGCCCCGGAGGAAGUCAGCGCCGCCGCCCAGAGGGCAGGCCUGGAGCUGGUCCUCCUCAACACCCCGCCAGGAAACCGAGACAAUGGAGACAUGGGCUUAGGCGCAGUGCCCGGACGCCAACCUGAAUUUCGGGAGGCCCUGGAUUUGGCUGUGCAAUAUGCCAAGGAAUUGAAAUGCCCAAGGAUCCAUAUUAUGGCUGGACGAAUCCCAGUAGAUGCUGAGCGGGAGGCAGUGUCAGCUGAGAUGGAAGCUACCUUCAUUGAAAACCUCAGAUAUGCUGCUGACAUUCUGGCUCAGGAAAAUCUGACUGGAUUAUUGGAGCCUAUUAACAGCCGGAUUACUGAUUCCAAGUACUUCUUGACCACCCCACAGCAAGCUGUUGCCAUUUUGAAGAAGGUGGGACACCCCAGCCUGAAGCUACAGCUGGAUAUUUUUCACUGCCAGAUCAUGGAUGGUAACCUGACUCAGAACUUAGAAACAUACUUUCCAGUUAUUGGACACAUUCAGAUUGCCCAGGUACCAGGACGACAUGAGCCUGAUAGCCCUGGAGAACUGAACUACCCAUACCUGUUCCAGCUGCUAGAGUCAAUGGAUUACAGUGGCUACAUAGGAUGCGAGUAUAAACCAAAAGGAGAUACGCUGAAGGGGCUGGGCUGGGCCCAUUCAUAUUGGGAGAGUCAUGGUUUGCUGCAUGGGGGAAGCUGAAGAGUUAAGCUUUGUAAUGUCAAAACAGAAAUAAAAGCAUCAGAGGUGGAUUUGAA